CGCCGGCAGGAAAGCAUUUGGUUCCAGAAGCACUCUGACAGACUAGACGGGAUUACCAGUGGAGGUUUUACACCCCGACCAUUGAUAAGAAGUUCCACAGAUCUCUGAUCACCAACUGAUCUCUUCGCCUAUGGCACGCACGAAGUCGUGAGACCGUCAUGCGCAAAUUACUCCUCACUCAAUCGCAGGUCGCCGUCGUCGCCUCAUCUGGAGCUUUCAUCUUAUUCGCCUUCCUACUGUUCGUCUCCGGCCUAGCGUUGCAGCAGAAGACCGUGAGAGAUCUACACAUCUCAAUCAAGCCUCGACUACCACAACCUCCAGCUGCUCUUCUUCACCAGCGGGAGCAAUCCGAGAUCGCUGAGCGAUUACUACGAUCCCGAUAUGUCCAUCGGAAUGGCGACCGCGUCGCCUUGACGGACCUCAGUCGCGACAUACAUGAAGCGAACACGCAAAUCGAUUGGCAGCGCUUGGCACAUGUGCAGCUUGUCCAAGACCAUGGCGAAGUCUGCAAUGCCAUCAUGAUUCUCGCGGAGCUACAGCGGAUGAAAUCUCCGGCGAGGAAAGUCCUACUAUUUCCCGUCGGAUGGGCGGAGGAGAAGCGUGCCUCGAAGGGCGAGAUCUCCGACCCGUUUCUUGACAGUACACGGCGAUUGAUGCGUAUGGCUGCGAGACGAUAUCAUAUCGAGCUGCGGCCCAUAGUUCCACAGAAGGCUGCCAUACCCAGUGACGGAAGUGGAACUGCCUCUACCAACGAGAUCUAUUCCCUUGCAAACAUCUACGCGUUACACGGAGAAUUCGAUCGCGUUCUGACGAUCGAGUCGCCUGGUCUGGUCGUGGACGCGGAACCACUCGACGCCAUCCUCGCCUUCACCGAAGAUACCCCUUUCACCAUGUUGCAUGACACCGUCAAUGACGACGGCGUCCACUCCGAAGACAUGUUCUUGCUAUCGCCAUCCGAGCAAGUCUACGGCGAGCUCAGCGCACUCAUCUCCAAUUCAUCCCUCAAAGAUUCCAAAGCUGCUUCAGCACCGGAAUUCCUCGCCAAAGCUUUCCCUCACCCUCUUCUCCUGGAAUCGAGCACCGCCGACAGCGCAUUAGUACGUGCAAUUGGCGCCCUGCAUGCUGCCGGUGACGACUUCAACCAGACAGCGUAUAUGUCUAACGUAGCUUAUCUCCGCUUCUGGGAUCCGCAACUGCCAGGCGGUCCACAAUUUGAUUUCCCGUGGGAUACGAAACGUGCAGCACGACCUAAGAGUGCGCGGGCGGAUUGGACGUGGACUUCGCUUUAUGCGCGGUUCGCACAGACCCGGAGAGAUGUCUGUGGAUUGGAUUUGGAGACAUGGAGAGACGAGUGAACGUCCAUGUGAGAUUUCAAGAAACAUGGUUCGAUGACUCCUCAUCUGCUGUCACAACGGAGUUCCUGCACGCCAGGGCGUUAUUUUGGGCUGGAAAGAUGGGUGGUACGACUUGAUGACUGCAUAUUGUCGUGGCUCGGCUCGGUUGGGGUUUGGGUUAUGGCGUUUGGAUACACAUUUUCUCUGUAUGGAGUCGUUCAGUGGAGCCGGCGUUUGUGAUGCUGGCGCAUCUGUAGGUCAGUGUCGAUUAAUCCAUUCGUAUCGAUGGUGAUUCCAUCAUAAUGAAUGUCACCCUAACAUGUCCGUCUUGCCCAUAUCAUUGA